ACGCUGACGUGAAGCAGGACGAGGGAAGUGGUCUCCAUCACUCUCUGAGGACCCGAGGACAAAGAGUUAAACUCGAGGUCUCUUAUUCUGACAUGGAUCCAAAGACCAGCUCCCCUGUGAAUGAAGACAAGGCUGGAGGAUGCUGCACCAGGAAAUCGUCCAGACUACAAAGAGAGGGGAAAGCAUCCAGUGGUAAACAGCAAGCAGAUGUUCCAGAUGAAGUAGAGGGGUCGUCCACUCCCAAGAGGAGCCGCUUUAAUCUACAGAGCCGAGAAGAGGAGGAGGAAGAGGAGGAUCGAUCAGUGCGACGUAGUUCCCGAAUCACCAGAUACAAACUGAAUUCCCGCAACCAGUCAGUGCUCUAUGACCGCCUCAUCACCAACACUGCUGAAGCUGUUCUCCAGAAGAUGGACGACAUGCAGAAGAUGAGACGCAGACUGAGAGAUAGAGACACUAAAGAAGAGCUCGGCAUGUACACCCGGGGAAGAAUGAGAAGCUCUCUGAGGACGAAUGUGGACAGUAAAGAUACUGAGGAGGAGAACCAAGGAGGGGAUGAGGCCGAUCACGAUGAAGAGGAGGAGGAAGAUAGAGAAGAAGAUGAUGAGGAGGAAGAAGAUGAAGAAGAUGACGAUGAAGAUGGCGAGGAUGAGGAAGAAGAAAAUCAGAGGCGUUAUGACUUCAGACAGCGAAAGACUGUUGUUCGCUACCAGGCCCCACAGGAUGAACCCAGAGAGCCCAGGAAGCGCAGCAUGUACUUCAAAGACCACUCAUCUCCUACCAGACGCAGGUUUAGAUUCAGCUCCACGGCCCCCAGGAGCCCCUACAAUAGAAGAACCAGCAGGAGUAGUUCUGAGAGAAGGAGACACGCCAUCCACAGUAGUGACUCCACUUCCUCAUCUUCAGAUGAUGAGCAGUUCCAGAGACGUAGAAGUAAGAACAGGAGCAGGUCAGUCAACAGAUGUCUGCCAAUGAACCUUGUGAAAGAAGACUUGCUGGGGAUCCACAAGGACAGGAUGAAGAUUGGAGCCAGCCUCGCUGAUGUAGACCCCAUGCAGAUAGACAGGACGGUGCGGUUUGAAAGCAUUGGAGGUUUGAGUAGACACAUCUCAGCACUGAAGGAGAUGGUGGUCUUCCCUCUCCUCUACCCAGAAGUCUUUGAGAGGUUCAAGAUACAGCCUCCCAGGGGGUGUCUAUUUUACGGUCCUCCAGGCACUGGAAAAACCCUCGUAGCCAGAGCACUGGCCAAUGAGUGCAGUCAGGGGGAAAGAAGAGUGUCUUUCUUUAUGAGGAAAGGAGCUGACUGCCUCAGUAAGUGGGUGGGAGAAUCUGAGAGACAGCUGAGACUGCUUUUUGAUCAGGCAUACCAGAUGCGUCCGUCCAUCAUCUUCUUCGAUGAGAUUGAUGGUUUGGCUCCAGUCAGGUCUAGUCGUCAGGACCAGAUCCACAGUUCCAUUGUGUCAACCCUGUUGGCUCUUAUGGAUGGAUUAGACGCUAGAGGAGAAGUCGUUGUGAUAGGAGCUACAAACAGACUGGACUCCAUCGACCCAGCUCUGAGAAGACCAGGACGCUUCGACAGAGAGUUCCUCUUCGGCCUGCCAGACAGGGAGGCGAGGAAGGACAUUCUGAAGAUCCACACCAGACAGUGGACUCCACCACCUUCUGACACUUUUCUAGAAGAACUGGCAGAUAAAUGUGUUGGUUAUUGCGGAGCAGACAUCAAGGCAGUGUGUUCAGAGGCUGCCCUGUGUGCACUGCGGCGGCGCUACCCACAAAUCUACUCCUCAUCGCAGAAACUAGUGCUUGACAUCAACUCCAUCGCUAUCACAAACAAAGACUUUAUGUCCGCCAUGUCCAAGAUGGUGCCUGCUUCCCAGAGGGCAGUUGUAUCACCAGCCAAGGCCCUGAUACCUGCCAUUCGUCCUCUGCUGAGCGCCGCCCUGCAGGACAUUCUCCACACAGUCAGAAGAGUGUUCCCACAUGCUGAACAAGGCUUAAAGAGGAAGAAAGAACAAGAUGUGGCCUGUGGUGUGUCUGAGGAUGAUCUGAUGUUCAGUGACGAUGAGGACUCUGAAGUCCACUCCAAUGGCUCUCACUUCCAACUCAAAACACCUGCUGCUAAGGGUCAACUCAACCUCAACAGGAGUGUGCUGAGCCACCCAACCUCCUACCGUCCCAGGCUGCUGUUGGAGGGCAGACCAGGCUCAGGUCAGAGCUCCCACCUGGCUCCAGCUGUCCUCCACGCUCUGGAGAAAUUCACUGUGUACACACUGGACAUGGCCGUGUUGUUUGGAGCCAGUGCAACUGCACCGGAAGAGACAUGUGCUCAGAUCUUUGUUGAAGCGAAGCGGACCUCUCCCAGUAUCCUGUACAUCCCUCACAUUGGACAGUGGUGGGAAACAGUGGGUCCAGCCUUAAGGGCCACCUUCCUCAGCCUGCUCAGCUCCAUCCCUGCCUUCGCUCCUAUAUUGCUUCUGGCUACGUGCAGCCUGCAGUAUGACCAACUCAGUGUGGAGGUGCAGGAGUUGUUUCGUGUAGAGUAUGGAGAGGUUUUCCAUGUCCAGGUCCCCACCACCAGAGAAAGAAGAAACUUCUUUGAGGAUCUGAUCCUCAAUCAAGCUGCCAAGGCCCCCACCUCAAAGAAGAAAGCUGUGCUCCAUGCAUUGGAGGUGCUUCCUGUCGCCCCUCCGCCUCCUCCGCGUAAGCUGACAGAAGAGGAGAUCCAACGAUUGGAGGAGCAGGAAGAAGAUACCCUAAGGGAGCUCCGCCUCUUCCUGCGUGAUGUCACCAACCGCCUUUCCCAAGAUAAACGCUUCAAGGCUUUUACAAAGCCUGUGGAUUUAGAAGAGGUACCAGAUUACGCUGAAGUGAUCAAGAAGCCUAUGGACCUGUCAACAGUUCUCUCUAAUGUCGACCUCCAUCGUUAUGGGACGGUCAAAGAGUUCCGCCAAGACGUAGAUCUCAUCUGGCAGAAUGCCCUCGAAUACAAUCCAGACAGAGACCCCUCAGACCGCCAGAUCCGCCACAGAGCAUGUGCAUUGAAGGACACCGUCCAUGCUAUCAUCAGAGAUGAACUGGAUGAAGAUUUUGAGAAGAUUUGUGAGGAGAUCCAAGUGUCGCGCAGCACAAGAGAUUGCUCGACUGUCCAGUUUGCUCCCUCCUUCUACCACGUCCUUCCCAAACAGUCCAGACCUCCGGCUGAGGCCAAGGUCACUGACAUGACCCCACAAAGAGAGGCUGGACCCACAGCUGCAAUUACUCCCAGUACAAGUGCCUCUGCUGUUACAAUGCUUAGAAACACAGCCCAGAAGAAGAAAAGACGAAAGAGUCGCUGGUCCACCGGCUUCUACGCAAAGAGGAAGUCUUCCUCCUCUCCUCACACGUCCAGAGACGACACACACUUGGGGUCGGAUGAGGAAGAGGAAGAUGGGGACGACGAGGAAGAGGUUGAGAAGGGAGCAGGAGCAGAUUGUAAUGAGGAGACUGGAGGAGAGGAGGAGCAGAUGGUGGUUGAUGUAGAGUCAGGGCCUGCACCAGCUCAGGAGGGAAGAGAGGAGAUGAGUCAGGCUGCUGAAGACAGAGAUGGUGACCAGACACAGAAAGACAAAGAAGAUGUGGAUAAAGCUGUCUCAGAUCAACCAGGACAGUCGGAGGAAAACAACAAAGCGUUGACAGGAAAGGCAGGAAAUGAGAACAGUGAAACCAUUUCAGUGAACACUAACCAGGACAGUCACACUGAGACAGAGGGAGAUACCCAGGGACAAUCCAAUACAGAGGAGAGUCAAACUAAUAGCCAAAAGCUGACAGAAACUGAGACCAACAAAUGUCAAACUGCAAUAGAGGCAGAUGACAAGAACAUGAAGGUAGUUACUGUAGAGGAGGCAGAGCAGAACGGCCCCACUGAACCAAUGGAGGUGGAAGCAACACAAAUCUCAACCGCAGACGCCUCUGAAGCUUUCAGAGCGGAGGAGGACACAGGCCCAGAUCGGAGCGUGAGGCGCAUUACUCGGGCUCUAAAGAACGCUGUGCUGCAGCAGCAGAUGAUCGAUGUGGACAAGGCUCUGCAGAUCCUGGACCAGGAAACUCCUCCUCUGGUUGUGGACAGUGACAAAUUAAAGGAGCUCUUGGAGAGAGUGGUGACAAAGACCGAAGGCUAUGAGGUGUACAAGCUGGAGAAACUCUACGCUCUGCUCUGUCAGAGCAUCUAUAGGCACCGACGAGACUACAACAAAACAGCACUAAUACAGGAGUUGGAACAGGAGAUUGAAGACUUCUGUUGACUCUACAGGAACUAAAACGUGACCAGUUAUUAUGCUCAUCAUGUUAUAGCUGUGUAAAUAUACAAACACUGGUUCUAUUUUCAUAGAAACCUACAGGCACAUCUAUUUGUGCAUUAGCAAAAUCUUUGUAUUACCUGUUUUGUUUAUAUUUAAUUAAAUGGUUUUCCUCUAA